UGCAUUGCACCCUCUGUCCCGGUCGUGCCGACAACCCUCUACCUUCUUCGCGUGCUUUUCGUUCACGUUCUCCGUUCAUCGUCGCUCCGCUCCGGGAAUUUAAGCCAAGAAAAAAGAAAAGGGGGCGACCUCCGAAUUGCACGCGAAUUGGCCGUCGCGCGGCCGAUCGAAUCGCGCUGUUUCGUGUGCACGUGAGCACGUUGUGAACGACGUCGUGUGAGCGCUCCAGGCGACGAGGCCCGUUGUCUCGCACCCUUUCGCGUCGCUACGAAAGCCUGUAUCGCGAUCGACUCGGCGUUCUAAACGACGGCGAUGACGACGAGCUCCUCUUGACUCGCGCGGGUCGAUUUUUCCAUCGGCACAUUAGCCGAGCAAGCGGCGCGAGGCGAAUGAGAGUGCGAACGAGGGUCGGAACGACGGCCGGGUAUAGUGCGUGCAUUUCGUAGGCGAAUAAAAUCGCUCGAUGUGACUGGCGGCGUGGGCGCGAUCUUUCUCUCUCCCUCUUUCGCGUGGCGGCGAGAGUUCGUUGGAAAAUAGCGUCUACCCCGUCCCGCAUUUCCGGCCGUUGUGAAGCCGCCACCGCCGCCGCCGCCGCCGUCGUCGUCGUCGCGGAAGUGUCAAGUAUUCGUGAAGAAGUGCAUCGAUCAUGAAUUGGUACGACGUGCGAGGUCACGCGGAUUCCGCCAACAAGUCGUCCGGACGCUGAGGAAUGUUCGCAUCGGGUGCCAAAGCAUGAGAGACGACGCAUUGACGUAAUGAUGCAGAGAGCGGUGUUGUUGCUCUGUUGGCUGUCGCUCCUUCACCACUGCCACGCCGUAAAUCCAGGUUGUUCUUGCGUUGUGUAUAGCAGCUCGGACAGGCCUCAAGGUGGCACUUUCAUAUCCCCUGAUUUUCCCAGGCGAUAUCCGGCGAACAUCGAUUGCCUCCUUUACACGUUCGUCAGUCACCCGGACGAGAUCAUUGUUUUAACGUUUGACCAGUUCAACAUUCGUCGCUCGUCGUCCGAGUAAGUAGCACUGCAUUUAUUUUCGAGCAGCCAACGUUUACAAAUUAGAUACUUCCAUAGAGUUUGACCUAAAACUGAGUUAAAUUAAAGUCGUGGAGUGAGUUCGACUUUUAUGUCGAUUCAGAAUGAUUAUUUAAAAAUGGCAAAAACCGCAGUGGUUAUACUCUACUCUCUAAAGAAUGAUGCCACUAGUCCAUAGGUCAUGUGUCUCAUUUCUAAGCAGAGAAAAAUACACUUAAAAUGGGCACCAAAUUAAAAGUCUUAAUGAGCUGAUUAUGAAGAUAUAGGUUUUAGAGCCGCCCAGUAUAUUGUUUCAACACUACGAUCCAAAAAGAUCCCAAAUUUUAGGUUAUAUUCAAACUGAUGUUUCUUUAGCAAAACUUAACGAAUUUUAAAAAUUCAAAAUGCUACAUUAAAUAAAGUUAAAUAGAGAAUUUAAUGGUAUAAAUUCCAUGUUUCAAAUUGAUCGGAAGUAAAAGAUUCCAAUUGGAACAUCAACUCCCGGUCGAUUUUGGAACAUAAAGCGCAUAGGAAAAUGUAACCUUAACCUACUCAAAAACAUUAGAAAUACUCAAAUCGUUUUUGUUUGACUAUUUUAAAAGCUGGAUCAAACAAAAUUCAACUUUUGAAAUGAAAUGAAAUGAAAGAAACAUAAAGAAAGUAGCCUAAAAUUUGAAAACUUUUUGGACCGUAGUGUUGGAACGAUACACUGGACGGUUCUAAAACUUAUAUCUUUAUAAUCAGCUCAUCAAGACCUUUAAUUUGGUUCCUUAAUAUGACAUAAUUUAAGUACAUUUUUCACUGUUCAGAAAUGGGACACAUAUUGGCGUCAUUCUUUUACGGAAUAAAAUUUCCCAUAAGAGGAUGCUGAAGUCGAUGACGAACUCGAACAAUGCAGAAAUAAUCGUCGCUAACACGACUAUGCUAUCCUUUUCAUAUUUUUUGUACAUAUAGAGUUUACGUAAAUAUUUUUGUAAAUUGCUUUGUUUUACUAUAUUCAGCGGAAAAUCUAAUAUAUAUGCAUGUGUAGAAAUCUUCUUGCAAGCUUUUUUGAGAUAGCUUUCUUAGAUUUUGAAUUCAGAUGCGAAGGUAUACUCGAACGUUUGCAUAUUGUAGCAUUCACUGGAUCGAUAGUCCCUAAAAAUUUCCAAGCAGCCGCAUUCGUUUCUACCUACGCGUUUCUCAUGACUGUUGAUUGAUCUAGCAAGCGAGAAUAUGUUCACAGUUAAUGUGACAUUUUGACAGCUUGACGUUUCAUGCGCGCGUAUACAUUUAUAAAAAGGGUUACUCGCCUUCAUGUGACGUGUAAUCAGUAGAAAUGAAAGUUUUAAGAGAGAGAGGUAAGUACAUGAUUAUACAAUUAAUUUAGUAAAACUAUAUAAUUGCAACUAAUUAUAUGAAUUGAUUUUUGUUACGUGUCACAUGGAAGUGAAUAACCUCUUUUAUACAAGAUA